AUGUACGUCAAGUCAAUUGUUCUUGAAGGAUUUAAAUCCUACGCUCAGAGAACAGAAAUUCAUGACUUUGACCCAUUAUUCAAUGCCAUUACUGGCUUGAAUGGUAGUGGCAAGUCCAAUAUCUUGGACUCAAUCUGUUUCCUGUUGGGAAUCACCAAUCUGACACAGGUGCGAGCUUCCAACUUGCAAGACCUAGUUUAUAAAAAUGGGCAAGCUGGAAUUACUAAAGCAACUGUGUCUAUUACCUUUGAUAAUUCUGACAAGAAACAAAGUCCACUGGGAUUUGAAGCUAACGAUGAGAUCACCAUCACUAGGCAGAUUGUCAUUGGAGGUAGAAAUAAGUAUCUUCUCAAUGGUGUGAAUGCUAGCAACACUCGUGUGCAGGAUCUCUUCUGUUCCGUUGGACUCAAUGUCAAUAACCCUCACUUCCUCAUCAUGCAGGGGCAAAUUACCAAAGUUCUAAAUAUGAAGCCACCAGAGAUUUUAGCUAUGAUUGAGGAAGCAGCUGGGACGAGGAUGUAUGAAUGCAAGAAAACAGCUGUCCAGAAAACCAUAGAGAAGAAGGAAAGCAAACUGAAAGAGAUUCAAAAGGUCUUAGAUGAUGAGAUCACUCCAACUUUACAGAAACUGAAAGAGGACCGAUCAUCUUAUCUAGAAUACCAAAAACUAAUAAGAAAAAUAGAACAUUUAAGUCACUUCUGUAUAGCUUAUCAGUUUGUUCUGGCUGAAGAGACAAAGGUAACCUCUGCUAAAGCAUUAAAGGAAAUGCAGGCUAAUGUGGAGGAGCUUCAGGAAUCAAUGGCUGAACAUGAAAAGAAGAUAACACAACUUAAUGAAGAAAUAGCAGAGAUGGAAAAGAAAAGGGAUGAGGAUGUUGGUGAUACACUCCAUUCACUUGAAGAAGCACUUUCAGAAGCUCAGAGGGUUUAUGCUAGAGCACUAAGUGGCCUCGAUCUCAAGAAGCAAAACUUAAGAAGUGAAGAGAAAAAGCAUGAAGAACUGCUAAAAAGUGUGCAGGAGGAUUCUAAAGCAUUAGUGUCAAAAGAGAAAGAAGUAAAGAAGAUUGAGAAAGAACUAGAUGCUUUACAGGAAGAAAGUGAAAAAGAUGUAAAGGCUUUAGCUGCAGCACAACAGCAUUUUAAUGCUGUGUCAUCUGGCUUGUCCAGCAAUGAUGAUGGGGAAGAAGCUACUAUUGCUGGGCAGAUGAUGACCUGCAAAAAUGAAAUCAGCAAAGCAGUCACAGAGGCUAAACAGGCUCAAAUGAAGUUGAAAUAUGCACAAGAAGAAUUAGAAAAAAAGCAAGCUGAAGUUAAAAAGAUGGACAGAGGCUAUAGAAAAGACCAAGAAGAAUUUGAAGCUGUCAGAAAAACAAAAGAAAAACUGGAGAACCAAUUGAAGAAGCUGAACUAUGAAGAAGAGAAAGAAGCCCUUCUAGCAAAAAAGAAGACAUUGACUAAUGACAUCAGCAAACUGAGAGAAUCGUAUGAAGGCUUAACAGCCAAGUUUCCCCAUCUACAGUUUGAAUACAAAGAUCCAGAAAAAAAUUGGAAUCCAAACCGUGUGAAAGGCCCUGUUGUGUCUCUUAUCACUGUGAAAGAUUUAUCUAAAGCAAAAGCCUUAGAAGCAGUGGCUGGAGGGAAACUCUAUAACAUUAUUGUGGACACAGAGGUUACUGGCAAAAAGCUCUUAGAAAAGGGUGAACUGAGGCGUCGAUACACCAUCAUUCCACUGAACAAAAUUUCAGCCAGGUGUGUUGGACAAGACGUGGUCAAGUUGGCCCAGAAUUUGGUGGGUCGUGAUAACUUGCAUUUAGCCCUUUCUCUAGUUGGAUAUGAAUCUGAACUGCAGAAAGCAAUGGAAUAUGUCUUUGGAACAGCACUGAUCUGUAAUAACAUGGAUAAUGCUAAGAAAGUGACCUUUGAUAAAAGGAUAAUGACAAAAAGUGUUACACUGGAUGGAGAUACAUUUGACCCCCAGGGCACUCUGCAUGGAGGUGCGUGCUCACAGGCUGCACCAAUAUUGUCUAAACUUCAAGAAAUUAAAGACAUUGAAGUAGAACUCAAGGCAAAGGAAUCCGAACUUGCAACUGUAGAGAAUGAGCUGGCAAAGUUGAAGAAUGUUACUGAAAAGUACUGGCAACUGAAGCAGCAGUGGGAGAUGCAGUCUGAGAAAGCAGAGCUGUUGCAAAUGAAGCUUCAGCAAAGUGCUUAUCACAAACAACAGGAAGAGCUGCUUGCCCUGAAGGAAACCAUUGCGGAGUGUGAAGAGACAUUAAAGAAAACUGAAGAGAGACAAAAGAAAGCAGAAGAUAAAUACAAGAUGUUAGAGAAUAAAAUGAAAAACGCAUCAGCAGAAAGUGAGAAAGAACUAAAGAUUGCCCAGCAGAACCUAGAUGUUGCCAAGAAAAAGGCAGAUGCUUCAAGCAAAAAAAUGAAGGAAAAGCAGCAGGAAGUCGAAGCUUUACUUCUGGAACUUAAAGAGCUAAAACAAGAAGAGACCUCCUAUGAACAGCAGAUAGCAGCUGUAGAUAAAGCAAUCAAGUCCUACCAGGAACAAGUUGAUACUGUGGCAGCUGAGGCAUCUAAGGCAAAGGAAUCUGUAGACAAAUCACAGAAGGAGCUGGCCAAACAGAAGGAAGUAAUUAUGUUACAUAAUAAAGCAAUUAAAGCCAAAUCUUCAGAGAUGGCAAAAUACAAAGAACAAAAUAAUGACAUACAACUUAAGGUUAAAACAUUAGAACACAGCAUCUGCAAGUGUCAACAAGAAUCUGCUGAUGCUGCUGACAAGGUGACCAAAAUGCUGAAACAGUAUGACUGGAUAGCUUCAGCAAAACCACUUUUUGGGCAGCCAAACACGGACUAUGACUUCAAAGCUAACAAUCCUGAAGAAGCAAGUCAGAAGCUGCAGAAAUUGCAGCAGACAAAAGAGAAGUUGGGAAGGAAUGUGAACAUGAGAGCUAUGAAUAUGCUUUCUGAGACAGAGGAGAGGUACAAUGACUUAAUGAAGAAAAAAAGAAUCGUAGAGAAUGACAAGUUAAAAAUUCUUGCAACUAUUGAAGAGCUUGACCGGAAGAAAGCUGAAACUGUACACAUUGCUUGGAAAAAGGUGAAUGAAGACUUUGGUUCCAUUUUCUCAACACUUCUACCAGGAGCCAAAGCUAUGCUAGUACCUUCUAAAAACCAGAAUGUCUUGGAUGGUCUGGAGUUCAGAGUUGCCUUAGGAAACACCUGGAAGGAAAACUUAACAGAACUUAGUGGAGGACAAAGAUCAUUGGUGGCCUUGUCCUUGAUCUUAUCCAUGCUCCUCUUCAAACCUGCCCCAAUUUACAUCUUGGAUGAAGUGGAUGCAGCCCUUGAUCUCUCUCACACCCAAAAUAUUGGGCAGAUGCUUCAUACUCAUUUCAGACACUCCCAGUUUAUUGUGGUGUCCUUGAAGGAUGGAAUGUUUAACAAUGCAAACGUCCUCUACAAGACCAAGUUUGUGGACGGUGUAUCCACCAUUACAAGAUACGAUCAGUUUGAAAGCAGAAAUAAGGGGCAUGGUGCCCAGGAAGGACAGAAGAGUGACCAAAGAAGACCAGCAAAAUAG